AUGAAAAUUUCAUGUGUUUUUUCAUGUCUGCUGGUUUUCAUCACCUUGAUUGGUAUGAUGAGUGUGGGCACGGAAGGAGUAUUGGUCAAGAUGGUUAGAGGAAGUAAAGCUUGUCUUCAUGAACAUUUGAGUGAAAAUACACCAUUUAAACUCACUGUUCGACCAUAUUUUAAUCGUCCAGAUAGUGCUCAACUCAGAGUCACUGAUCCAUAUGGACAUGAAUUGAAGAGUGAAAUGUUGGACAAGGCCAAGGAAAGUGUUUUCCAUUUAAAAGCACACUCUGGUGUCACUGGUGAAUAUGAAAUUUGUUUCGAUUUUUCUCCAUCUAUUGCUGUAGAAUCAUUUAUUGAUGUUCGUGUUGAUGUGGAUGUUCAUUAUCAUUUGGAAAAGGAACCUCAAACAGUUGACCAACUUGAUCGUCUCUCAACCCUGUUGAAAGAUAUCAAGAAUCAAAUUGAUAUUAUCCGUGAUGAACAAACUUAUUUCAGAACUAGAGAAAGUAGAUUCCGUGAUACUACCGAUAGUACUUAUGAAAGAACAUUCUGGAUUGGUUUUCUUAAAUUUGUUUUUAUUGUUUUCGGAACAACAUUCCAAUUGAUUAGUUUGAGAAGCUUUUUCAAAACCAAGAAACUUAUUUAA